AGAUCCAGACGGCCUCGAGAAGCAGGAUGUUAAACAACACACAGUGCAACAAUCACAGACGAGAUAAUGGAGUCAAGGCCGAGGCCUCUUCAGGUCAGUCACACCCCAUGAAGGCUUCCAGGACUCACAAUGAGCUUCACAAGGAACUACUACUGGCCCACAAGAGGGGUCUGGCACUGAGCAGCAGGUCAGAACUCCAGCAGGUGCUGGAGAGGAGGAAGAGGGUGCAGAAUGACCGGGAAGACGAGGGACAGAGCAGGACUCCUCUGGAGGACGUGCUGCUUAGACGUCAGCAGAAACAACUUGAGAGGGAGAAGGAACAAGAGGAGAAAGUACGAGAGGAAGCCCAGUUGAUGGAGUUUGUCAGAGUCCGACAGAACCUGAGGAAGAUCCACUCUGCCAUCCAGAACAAGGCGGGACACUCCUUAAGUGCACCAGAAGAAUUCACCCAACAUGUGGAAUGAACUCUGCUCUUAUCUGACUUUAUUCAACACCUACUGUUACCUGCAGUAACAACAAUGUGCUGAAAGACAAUUUGUUUAAAAGAUGUAAUACGAAUAAUAAUAGAAUAAUAAUAAUGGAUAUAGCUUUCUUUUGUAGUUAGGUAACAAAAUGCCGUUUGUCACUUUGUGUAAGGUAAACAUUUCUAAGCAUUUGAGCUUGAUAUACAGUUGUGGUCAAAGGUUGACACUUGUUAGGAAGAUGUACAGUAUAUCAUGGAAGUUUUCAGUUUCAAUGAUUUCUACAGCUCUCAUGUUUCUCUGAUACAACCAGCACCGUGCCUGACAGCAGCUUUGGGUUAAAGGCCUCGCCGUCUCUCCUCCAAACAUAUUGCUGCUCACUGUGGUCAACAACUCAGUGUUUGUUUCCUCUGACCACAGAGUUUUCCUCCAGAAGGUUUUUUUCUUUGUCCAUGUGAUCAGCAGUAAACUUCAGUCGAACUUUAAGGUUCUGCAUCUGGAUCAAGAGCUUCUUUCUUGUACAGCAGCUUCUCAGCUCAUGUUGAUGUAAAACACACUUGACUGUGACCACUGGCAACUGUCUUCCAGCUUUUUGGUGGUUUUUGGUUGACUCUUAACAUCCUGACCAGUUUUCUCUCAGCAGCAGGUGAUAUUUUGUGUUUUCUGAUGGUGGCAGUGACACAACUGUGCCAUGCACUUUAUACUUAAACAGUUGUUUGUACAGUUGAUCUUCGGAGCUGUAACUGCUUUGAAAUGGCUACAAGCGACUUUCCUGACUUGUUCCAAUCAAUGAUGUGAUCUUUCAAAUCAAUGCUGAGCUCCUUAGACUUUCAUAUUGUAGUGUUUGUGGUUGAGUGUAAUGGCUGUAUCAAACAGGUCCUAUUAACAUGGAAUAAGAUAAAAUGGAGGAAAAUCAUCACCUGUCAAUCAUAAUCACUCAGAAGUUAAGAAGCCAUGCCAUGAAGACAAUUUGACACAACUUUUCUAUUCAAAAUUGUAUUUUUGAUCGAGCAGAUUAGGUCACAUUUUCAGAAGACCUAUAAUAAAUUAAUUACUGAACCAAGUAUGUGUUGCACUCAUUCCAUCACAGAAACAUGAGAGUUGUAAAAAUCACUGGAACUAAAGACGGCCAUGAUAUCACGUUCUUUACAAGUGGAUGGAAACUUUUGACCACGACUGCAGUGGCUAUGUAUCGUUAGUUUGUUGUACAAAAACUAUAUGACCUUCUUUGACUUAUUGAUUGUAUGCAUGCCAAAAAUUUCUUGAUCUUAGCUAAUGAAACUACUGAUAUUUUUCUAAUUAAAUGUUGGGAUGAGACAAUCUGCAUGUUAACAUGCUUACAAAGAAGAAAUUUACUGAUGCUAAGCAGUUACAAUGUUUACCCAACACAUCAUGAUAUCCAAAUGACUGAAUAGUUUGACUACCAGUGGCUCCUGAAAUGACAUUUAUCACCUCUCUCAAAAUAACACGAAUAUUGCAGCAUAUGUUGGAUACGAGACCUCAGCUGUAUGCUUGCAGUUGGUUAGGUUUAGGCCCUAUAACUACUUGGUUACAUUUAGAAUUAUAUUGUAGUUUGGCUUAAGAUAACUACAUGACUUAUUCAACUUCAGUUACUAAUGCACCUAUAUUACUUUAUGUAGGCAGUCUUGAGCAUGAACAUGCGAAAAAUGUGCCCAUAUUUUUUUGCAAACAGUGAACUGUGAACAAGUUUGUUUGCAACCACUGAUUAUGAACGGGAGGGUAAUGAACUCCCACUAGAAUUAACAACACUGAUAAGAGUGACUAGGCAUUAUUAAAUGGAAGAGGGUAACAUUUCAAGUUUAUUGUAAUUUAAUACAAACUCUGUGAUGGGCAACACUGUAUGUACAGCCAAAAGCAAAAACAGUCUUCAACACAGAAAAUGGAUAAAUAAUCACAGAAGACUAUCAGUGUUGGAUUUAUUAUUAUGGGUCUAUUUUUAAAAGUCUCCAAGAAGACGUUGCAAGGCUAGAAUACAAAGCUGCUGAACAGGAUAUGAUCAAAGCAAAGUAACUCUGUCACAUGAUGAAGCUUUCCAGAUAAAUCAAGUAUGCCAUAUAACACAUUUUGUCAUUGUAUAUGAUGUCUACCACAGGGUCGGGUCAGGUGGUAAGCAUUCUUUGACUUUACAAAAGUAAUAAUUUCAUAAUUUCAGUAAUGCAUGUGUUAAAAC